AGUUAUAUAUUUAAGUUAGUAAAUCAGUUAUUUAGCUAAAACUAAUAAUAAAUCAAUAACUUAUCUAAAACCUAAUAAAAUCACUUAUUAAAACCUAAACAAUGACAAAUAAGCAAAAUUAACUAAAAUCAUGGAUAACCUGACACAUAAGCAAAAUCACUUAUAAAUUUGUAUAUUGAUCUUGUUUUUUAAAAACACAUUGUUGAUCUUGUUUUUAUAUUUAUUCUGUUUGAAUAAAUAAAACUUUCAAUAAAUUAAAAGUGUAAAUUUUUAAUUAAAUAUUUUGUAUAUUAUAAAUUUGGUAAAAUUCUAGGUUUGCCACUAAUAAUAACUAUAGAUAAAAGUAAAAUGUAUUUAAGGAAACAAUGAUCCAUGAUCAAAAAAUAAAACAAUGACAAUAAACCUAUUAGGAGGUGUAUUCAACUGAAAGUUUGAGGUAAUUUGUAUUAAAAUGAUAAGCUAGUUAAAUAUAUAUUUUGAUAUAUUUUGUUUAAUUGGAUUUGGUAAAUAUAAAAUGGUAUCUGUUGGAUAGAAAUUUAAUCUUCUGAAAGUUAUCUAUAGGUGUAUAUUUUGUUUAAUUGGAUUUGGUAAAUAUAAAAUGGUAUCUGUUGGAUAGAAAUUUAAUCUUCUGAAAGUUAUCUAUAGGUGCUAGAUUACCAAUUUUUAUUCUUUAAGAAAAAAUUACUUUUUGGGAUAAAACUUUUUUUUUGUUAAUUUGCAUAUUGGCUAAAAUAUAUCUUUUGGGGCAAUUUAUUUUUAUUUAAUAUUAAAAAGAUAAAUUUUAGACAAAGUGCUACAUUAUAUUAUAUAUAUAUAUAUAUAUAUAAUUCCUCUCUCUAAUUUUUUAAAAUAAUUGACAUAAGUAUUAAAUGGUGUUUAUUUUAAAAAUAAUUAAAUUUAAUAGAUUUGAUCAGUUGCAUUACUGUAGCUAUGUACUUCAAAAUGUUUCUUUGUCAAUAAAUUAGUUCAUCGUCAAUUAUCGGGUAUCUACUAGUUUUUCUUAAGAAAUCAAAUCAGUGGAUCUUUAACCAUAAUUGGAAUUAGGUAAGGAAACAUACAUCCAUUUAAACUGGACAUAACUUUAUCAAUAGUUAAAAUUCUAUUGUAUUUCACAGACGAGAACCUAAUGUUUCCAAUAUAAAGAUGGUCAACUCAACUCUAGAGAAAAGAAAACAAAACCAAGUUGAAACUUUUGAUUUUAGCAAUGAAAUAUCUUACGACUGCCUUGGCUCUCUCAUUUUUGUAUUUAUUCACCGAUACAUCCUCGCAUUUCUCUUCUGGUGGUUUAGAUAUGAAAGAUUUCAACAAAGAUAGAGUAAAGACAGUGGUGGUUAGUCAUAGAGGUACAGGUGAUUUCAGAACCAUCCAAGCAGCCAUCGACUCCAUUCCCUCUAAUAACAACAACUGGAUUAAGAUCUAUCUUAAACAUGGAACCUACAACGAAAAGAUAGUGAUCGAGAAGCAAAUGAUAGUAAUGCAGGGAAACGAUGCAUCGAAAGUGACAAUUCAAUAUAAUGAUGCAGGACUAGCCAAUUCGAGUGGUCCGUUCAGAUUAAACGCUGAGUACUUCGUCGCUAUCAAUAUUACGUUCAAGAAUACUUAUAACAACAUAAAACAAACAGUACCGUAUAAGGAUAUAAAGGUAGCUCCAUCGGCUAUACUAAUGGCGGACAAGGCGUCGUUCUAUGGCUGUAGAUUCAUCAGUGUCCAAGACACACUUGCUGACUUACUUGGUCGCCACUACUUCCACAAAUGUUACAUCGAAGGAGCCGUUGAUUUCAUAUGGGGAAGAGGCCAAUCUAUAUACCAAAACUGCGUAAUAAAUGUUAAAGGAGUAACAUCAAAGAAAAUGGUGAAUAACAGAGAAAUGUUAGCAGGAUUCAUAACUGCGCAAGGGAGGGAAAGCGAGCAAGAUACAAGUGGAUUUGUGUUCAAUAAAUGUGUGAUCAAAGGAACUGGUAAGGCAUUCCUGGGAAGAGCUUACCGAGGCUACUCUAGGGUUGUCUUUUAUGGAACACACAUGUCGAAUGUCGUUGUUCCUCAAGGUUGGGAUGCUUGGCAUUAUAAAGGCCAAGAGGAUAAAUUUACAUUUGUGGAGGUAAACAGCACGGGAAAAGGAGCAAAUAAGAAGGGAAGAGUUAGGUGGGAGAAGAAUCUCUCAGCUAAAGAAGUUGACUUUCUUUUAAAUCCUCAAACUUUCGUUGAUAAUGAUGGUUGGAUGGCCACUCUUCCUUCUGCUCUCGUCUCUUUAUAUUAACCAUCUUCAAUCUUUAAGCUUCAGAAUUUAAUUUCGUUUAUAAUGUUAGUGGAAAAAACAUUCUUUAAUUCUUAUGAAAAGAAUAAGAUAUAUAUACAUGUAUGUUUUAUUAUCAUCGUCGUAUCAUCCCCUUCGAUAUAUAAAAUAUUAUUUACAUAGUGAAUAUCUUUAAAACUGGUAUGAACAAACAACAAGUACAUUUCUAUAUUCACCAUUGAUACCAAAACUAUCUUCAUUUUUCCAGUAUAUUUUUUAGUAUUGAUCUUUUCACGGUUUCACCUAACCCUUCGUUUAAUCAAUGUACACAGACAUUAUUGUAUCUCUAUUCGUGUUAGUAAACGUACCUUUUAGUUAUAUAUUUUUAUAUUAUACCAUAAUGUUAUAUUUUACAGAAUUAAACACAACGAGAUAAGAUAAUCAUAUCAAGAAAUAUUAUUCUUGUUAUAGCACCCAAGCAAUUGCAUCAUAUUGUUAUAUUACUGUAUAGAUAUACCUUGUGUGUCAGUCGUUUAACGUUUGGUUUCAAGUGACGUUCAGAUUAUACAAAAUCAGGGAGAUAUACUAUGGCAUCAUAUUCGAGUCAAGAGGAUUGAGAGUUCAGUCCCAGCAAUGUAAACCCCUUUAUUUGACAAGUUAACUCGAGAGUUAUUUUGGCAGAGUUAAAUGCAAGGUUAGCAAAAGAGCGGUUAAUUGGUAGAAACAAACGUUGUCAACAAAAUCGAUUUUGUUGGUACCACAUGUGUUCCCAUUGUCUUCAUCAGUUUAUCCAUACUUGGAUUACCCCCUAUAGGUUGAGAGAAGGUAAGUUUUGCCCAGUAACUAUGUGGUUUAUCGUUAAAUAUAUGAAUUUAAAAUGUCUUACAAAGUGUAGAUAGGGAAUUGAUAGUGUGGUAUGAAAGA